AUGAGUAUCAUCUUAUUAAGAUUCACCCUGCCGGCAACCGACAAGAAUAGGGCCUUCCAAGUCUUAACUUUGUCUCUAAAUUUCAGAAGCACCUACUUUUGUAUUGUCUAUCAGAGGAGCCUUUCCACAUCUGCCAGCGUCACGGUGGAUAUUGAACCUUUGCCUAGAAAAGAAGUGAUAUCUGUUUACACUUUGACACCCGUUAUAACAAGCUGUGAUUCAAAUUCAGAUUGUUAUUUCACCAACAUAACUGUAGAUUGUCAUACUACCCAACUAACUACUGUCAACUGUGUGGUCUCAAAUAAUCUGGGUCACAGUGUUACAAGCGAUAACAUGACUGUCCGCUAUGUUCAAGAAAAAUUAGGAAACUGCAAGGCAGACACAUCCCAGGGACUUCCUAUAUCUCCCAGUGGUUCUACAUAUAAUGUGCCAUGUGUGAGGAUUAACCCAGCUAUGCUGGGCACAAUUGAUUACAAAUGUGAAGAUGGGAAUUGGUCCCCGCCAGUAAACGGCUGCUACUCUGCAGUAAUUCUCCAGCAGCUGGUGAAUGUUCAGAACGUAAUAGACGGUCCAGAGGUGCAGCAAGCUUUGCCGGUAUUGCUUGAAAAUAUCACUGCCACAGCCACCAGUGAGAAACAAAACAUUGCGGACUCCUCCAAAACUUUACAGUACAUGGUGAAGAUCAUAUCUGAAGUUUCGAAAGCAAACGUAACAGUGGAGCCUGUCAUGAUGCAGAACUUUAUAAAAACAGUUGAUGUCGUGGUCACCAAAUCCAGCGCUUGGAGCAGUAAUGCUAACGAAAGUGUAACUAUUCUGAAUUCUGUUGAGAAAUUUGCAGAAAAUCUGAACUUCAAUGGCACAAUCGAUUUUAAAAAUGAUUCCCUCAACAAUAUUCAGCUUUAUGGAAAAGUUGUGAGCAAAGAUGAUAGCUACAAUAAGAAUUUCUCCUUGCAAAAUUUAACUGGAAAUGUGUUUAUCGAGGGGGGCGCAUUAACGGGCAACUCUACCAAAAUAGUUACCAUUGCUUAUAGUACGAUGAAGAAUAUUUUGCCAAAAACCACACAGGGGGUGGUCAACGGGUUGGUUAUGUCAACAAUCAUUGGUAAGAACUCCAGUGAUAACAUUGAUAGCAGUAUAUUUAAAAUAAAUAUGAACUUUACUGAGAGUAAAACAUCACUAGAGAAACCAGACUGCGUCUGGUAUGACUUGGAUCAGAAAAUUUGGAAUAGCAGAGGUUGCAUCCCCAUUAGAAUAGACAAUGUGAUAUUAUGCUCAUGUAACCACUUGACAUCUUUCUCAGUUCUUAUGGGAUCAUCAAUUACAGAUCAGUUUUUAGCAAUUAUUACUUACAUUGGAGUCGGAAUAUCUCUCGCAUGUUUGGUGAUUACUCUGCUCAUCGAGGCCUUAGUGUUGGCCUCAGGUAUCAAAAACAACACCUCCUACAUACGUCACGUCUGCCUGGUAAAUAUUGCAGUUACGCUUCUGGUAGCUGAUAUCUGGCUUAUCAUUGGAGCGACACUAGAGCAGAAUACAAGAUCAGCUGCCUGCAAAGCCGCUGCCUUCUUUAGCUUCUUCUUCUACUUGUCUUUGUUUUUCUGGAUGCUGACCACAGGACUCUUUGUUUUAUAUGUCACUGUCUUCUACAUGCAUAGCCUAAGAAGGAGUAAGAGAACCAUGAAGAUCAUAGCUUUACUCCUGGGUUAUGGAUGUCCACUCCUUAUAACCAUUGUCACCGUGGCUUCAACGGAACCCAGUGGAAAAUUUAUAAGCAAGAAAUUUUGCUGGCUUGACUACAGUGACUCCAGAUCGUUCCUUGCCUUUGUGGUGCCAGCUUUAACCAUUGUGUUUGUUGACAUAUUGAUCCCAGUGCUAGUCAUCUUCAUAGAAAAUAGGCCUACGGUUGGUGAACAAUCAGGAAAAGAAGACAGGAAAAUUUUGAUUUUGAUUGUUAAAACCAUUGCCAUCCUUACUCCACUUCUCGGAACUACCUGGGGAUUUGGGCUGGGAGUUGUAAUUAAUCCCGACAACAGAGUGGUCAAUGGAAUAUUUGCCACGCUCAACUCAUGUCAGGGUUUGUUCAUAUUGAUAUCCACUGUUAUGAUGGACAACAAGAUGCAGAAGGCGGUAAGAACCAGCAUAACUUCCUCCUACUUGAGAACAUUCACAUCCAAGGGGCAGACAUCAUCUACAUAUUCAUCAGGAACAUCAAAGCCGAAGAAAAGGAAAUACCCCGUCAAGAAAAAUUAUUAUGGCAAAAUAGCCGUCUAACAUCUCUACUCGACUCAAGAUUCAACUGAAGCAUCUGGAAGUUUAUACUCACAUAAAAGACGAUGACUUGAUAGUCUAAUGAACUUGGAGUGUGGAUCAUUGUACUAAUGAGUAAAAAUAAGCA